CAACCACAUAAGAACUCAGCAAGAACUUGAACUCAAAUCAGCAAGUAAAAAUGAAAGUCUUACUGUUUGUUUUGGGACUAUGCCUCUGCAGCUGCACCUUUGGAGUGUAUGUACAGGUAGGAGACAGGAGCUUCCCACUGGAGGCCGUGAAGGCUCUGAAAAGUCUGAUGGCCAUGGAAGAUUUUGAGGUCAACCCACAUGUCGCAGAAACCAGCAUUGUAUCAGUGUGCAAGGACCCUCUGCUGCCACAGGUUUUCAAGACAGUUUGCCAGGGGAGGGGAGCAGCCACGACACUUUCCAAUCUAGUCAUGCUUAUCUCACCUGUGGAUCCUUGUGAGAUCUGUGUACAUCCCUCCUGCUUUGGCUGCCUCAACUGAUGCACAGAACAUCAUUCCCAACGGCAGCUUCCCUUCUUCGGUGCGCACCAUCUACAAAAACAUUCAUGGAAUCAU